AAUGUUUUGUUGAGUGCGUGGUGUAUGCAUGAGGUAGAGAGAAAACGUGGUCGCGGAGAAGCCUAGCAUUUUAGCUAGUUUGCGAGUGUGAAUGUAGUGCUAUACAAGCUCAGAUAUUUAGUAUUAUUUUGUAUGUUGUCAAGUUUGCCAGAAAGGGAGAAGGGUGCAGAGGCACGAUUUGAUAAAGGCAGCUUCUUACGUUUGUGGCCAGAAUAGUGUUCAAAAUGUCCAUGGGCGGCCAGAAGACCACCAGUCAGGCAAUUCCGACCACCAGACGAGUUACAAUCAACGAUGCAGCCCAUAUGCCUCAUGAUUACUCUACAACGCCUGGAGGGACUCUGUUUAGCACGACUCCCGGAGGCACCAGGAUCAUUUAUGAUCGAAAGUUCCUGCUGGACUGUCGCAGCUCCCCAUUGGCCCGCACACCACCCUGCUGCCUCCCUGACAUUCCAGGAGUGACCAGUCCCCCCUCGGUCACCAUGAAAAAUAACAAGGCCUUCCCCAAACAGACUGUCAACAAUAACAUCAGCCCCCCUGCAGACAAGAAUGCAGGUGAAGAUGCCCAGUUUGAAAUGGAUAUCUAAUUACAGAGGACCUGCUACGCAAAGAAGGCGACGACUGUAACAAAUAUUACUGUGAUGAUAACUGUUCCCUUAGAGGAUAAAUGCACAGAACAUUUCUCCCAUGUCAUCUUUCUUUUUCCAUUAUGUACUGUUCUAUUGGUAUUUUCUUUCCUUGUAUUGAUGCUGUCGCUCAAGACACGCAAAAGCCAUUGCUUUUGAUUCUCUACAUCAGCUAACACUGUUGUGCCUGAAAGAGCCACCAUCUCGGAUGUCAGAUCAGCGCAUCCCAAGCACAUUGACGCAGGCAAUCCUGCCCAGCUCUACUUCUGCCUAAGACAUGGGGGACACCUUAAAGUCCAUGAUGUGACAUUGUUUGUUUGAUACUGAUUGUUUGGGUAGUUUUGCAAAAUGACCAGUUUCUUGGUUGUUUUUUCAUCAAGUUAUUAUGCAAGAAAUCCAGACAAACUCAAGCUCAAAUGCCAGCUUCUAUAAAUUUAGCAUACCAUGAUAAAAUUGACCGCUUCCCAUUUGGCAUUGAUAUUUUACUUUGUAGUAGUAAAAACAAAUGAUUUAAGUUAGUCUUAAAGAGUAUUUUCACCUGAAGUGUCAUUUAACAGAAUGUAAAAUGACUUUUUUUUUUUUUUUUUCUUCUGUGAAAUUCUCUAAACUGCCCUAUUAUUCCUGAAGAGACAUUUAAGCAUUAAAAUAAAAUCAACAAACACCAGAGAA